GCUAGGAGGACACAUCACGCAUGGACCUCACCUCGCUAUCUAGCUUGAGCAUGGCAGCAUGGAGCCCAUAAAUAGCAGAAGCAUACUGAUCAACACGCGGAUCCAAACAAGAGAUAGAGAUAGAGAUAGAGAUAGAGAUAGACAGCCGGACAAAGAGAGAGGGAUGAAGGGAGAGAGCGGAAGCGCGCGCAUGGCAGGAGGAGGAGGAGAGCAUGGAGCCAACGGCCUGCAAGAGCAAGACCACGCCGGAGCUCUGGAAGAAGGAAGAGGAGGAGCGAAUCACCCAGCAGGGUGCGAAAAUUCAGAGCAAGAUCUCAUCAGCACCAGCAACCAGCCCAUGAUCUCCGUUCAAUUCGUGCAGAAGGUCCUCGCCGAGAUAUUGGGGACGUACCUGCUCAUCUUCGCCGGCUGCGCGGCGGUGGCCGUGAACAAGAGGACGGCCGGCACGGUGACGUUCCCGGGCAUCUGCAUCACCUGGGGCCUGGCCGUCAUGGUGAUGGUCUACUCCGUCGGCCACAUCUCCGGGGCGCACCUCAACCCCGCCGUCACGCUCGCCUUCGCCACCUGCGGCCGCUUCCCGUGGAGGCAGGUCCCGGCCUACGCGGCGGCGCAGGUGGUCGGGUCCACGGCGGCGAGCCUCACGCUGCGGCUGCUGUUCGGGAGCGAGCCGGAGCACUUCUUCGGGACGGUGCCGGCCGGGUCCGACGUCCAGUCGCUGGUGCUGGAGUUCAUCAUCACCUUCUACCUCAUGUUCGUCAUCUCCGGAGUCGCCACCGACAACAGAGCCAUUGGUGAGCUCGCCGGUCUGGCCGUUGGAGCUACCGUGCUGCUAAACGUGCUCUUUGCCGGGCCCAUAUCAGGAGCAUCCAUGAACCCCGCAAGAACCAUCGGCCCGGCAAUGGUUGCCGGCCGAUACACCAGCAUCUGGUUGUAUAUCGUUGGCCCAAUUAGUGGCGCUGUUGCCGGUGCAUGGGCUUACAACCUCAUCCGGUUUACCAACAAGCCACUGCGAGAGAUCACCAGGACUGGGUCCUUCUUACGAAGUGCAAGGAUGAGCUAGCUGAUUUUCACAGUGUUAUUGCUUGUGGGUAGUGAAUUUCGAUGACAUGUUGUAAUUCUCCGAUCGCAUUGUAAAUUUAUUUGACUUUCUCUUCAUUGUCUAAUUUCACUAGUAAGGAUUGGGUCCCCUAAUUCUAAUUGUAAUGAUUUCCUCUUCAAAGAAACUAGUGGUUAUGCCCUGCAACUGAGGGCUCUCUUCUACCACAACCUUGACUUA